AAAACACUUCUUGUCGUUUGUACACCAAAUUAUUAUGCAAUUACUUGAGCUUCCUGUAGAGUUGCUAGACCUAAUAUGCGAGGCGCUCUAUGACGAUGACGAUGAAUGCGAGGCUCGAAUCACUCGACUCAAUGCAUGCUCACUCCUUCGGGUAUCACUGGUUUCCAAGACAUUGAGGCAGAUUGUUCGACCGUGGAUCUUUAAAGAAGUCCGACUUCAGUACCCUUCCCAUCGGGCAAAUCUCCUUUUGAGAACGUUGCAUGCACUCCCAUCAUACGGCCACUAUAUCCAGUAUCUCUACCUUUGGAAUCGACAGAAGCAAUGGUCAGGAUCGCUUGAUGACCUUGGCUUUCUAUUCUCCGUUCUCAAUAAUCUUCGCGAACUCUAUGCUCCACUGUUUCCUCCAGGAAUACUGCGCAAUGUGCUGAAGGACUUCAGAAGCUGUUCAACGCUGCAGUAUCUUUGUUUAGAUGGCUCGUCUUACGGCGUGCGGGAUUUAUUUGAGCUUUUGUCUUUCCCUUGCAUGUCCCGAUUUUACUUGUUUUCCUUCGAUGACACAGCCUGCUGUCAAGAUGAGCCACACCAAAGUAUCCAUGCUCCCUUGACAGAGCUAGACUUGGAGCAAAGUCAAAUCGGCCAGCCGUUAUUCGGUCACAUCAUGUCUCGAUGCUCACGACUUGAGCAGUUACGAUGCCUGGUGCCAUUUCCAUGCGCCGCGGAGAGGAUCGCAGAUGAAUGGGCUGUGACAUGGGUAGGAUCGAGCGUGUUAGUUCCGCGACCAAUAUCAAUGAAUUUCUUGUCUUUACAGAUUUGUGAAUUCAAAGAAACCCUGACAGAGCUUCAUGUUCUGACCAGCCGGCAGACCUGGACUGGACACGACGGCUCGAAACUCGACCUGCGAGAAUUUGUCCGUCUGGAACGUCUCUCAGCGUCCUCUAGUUGCUUCUUCAUGGCCACGAACUUUGAGAACGAUAGGCUCGGUUUCCAUGAGUUGCUACCACCGUCUCUUGUGAAUCUCGAUGUUGUAUGGGGUCCGGAAAGCGGCAUCUUCUUCCAAGUACCAACUGAUGGAACUUCGAUUGAGGACCAGGUCCGGCUCUUCCGAGAACGAGAAGAUGGCAAAAUGAACAAUCACAAUUGGAUCAUUGACCUCGCAUUGCAAAAGACAUCUCAACUUGAUCGUUUACGAUCUAUCGAUUUUCACGAGAGUAUGUUGCUGCCUGGUAGACCGGGGAUUUUCGAUCUGGAAGAUUGGCAAUUACCGGCGCCAGUCGCGCAGGAGUUUAUCAGCGCGCACAUUGAUCUUAGGGUAUCUUAUCGGUGCUCUAUAUCAUUACAGUAAAAUCAAUGAAGAUGCGUAGGUACAUUUAUUAUCACAAAUCUAAGUAAUCACACAAACGUCACGUGACGGUUACACCUAAACAACAGUUCACAUCUCAUCCCACCAAAGGUCAGCACAUAGGGUAGACCAAUUAAUAGCUUCGUGUAUCUUAUAUACUUCAACUCGCAAUUCUAUUGUAUGUU